AUGCGGUGGAGGGCACUUGGCACCGUCGGUCUUAUUCUCGACUUCACCAUCUGCGGGUUCGCCCGUCUGGUGACGGUCCCCACUAUUCCCUUUGCUGAUAAUAAUGGCACCUAUGAACUGUCACAACUCACCAAGAUUGUCGUGGAUGCUCGCCAUGCCAGUACUGUGGAUACUCAAGGCCAAACAUUGAUUCCACCGACUUUGAAAGAAUUUGGCGCGACCUUCCAAGAGGACCUUCGUUCUUCUCUUGGGAUCGACCUCCCACUUGUCACCAGUAGUACCUCUAGCGACCAUGCAAUUUUCCUGACCCUCUCCAAUGAUACGGACUUCCGCGAUGUUGCGGGACGCUUCACAGCGGAGGCAUAUGCCUUGCUCAUCGACAAUCAUGGAAUUACCAUCUCUGGGGCAAGCCCCUUAGGCGCUGCUGUGGUCAGUAAACACAACCUCCCUCAAGGCUCUGCCAUCGAUGCUCCAGGAUGGGGGACGCGAGGCGUCAUGCUCGAUGCCGGACGUCACUACUACCCACCCGACUUCUUGAUUGAGAUGUGCUCGUAUCUGUCCUUCUUCAAGCAAAACGUCUUCCACCUCCAUCUGAGCGACAAUCUCUACAACAACGUCGAUCUCUACUCCACCCAGGAAUCUCUAGAUCUCUACGCAGCAUUCCGGCCCUGGUCCGACGACCCCACCCUAUCCGGGCUCAACAAACGAGCCAACGAAUCGUACACGCGCAGCCAAUUCGAUCACAUCCAGCGCCAAUGCGCCCGUCGCGGUGUCACCAUCAUCCCUGAAAUCGAAGCGCCCGGCCAUGCCCUCGCCAUCGUGCAAUGGCGACCAGAACUCGGCCUGACAGACCUCAGCAUGCUCAACAUCAGCCAUCCAGACACCAUCCCGACCAUGAAAACAAUCUGGAAGAUCUUCCUUCCUUGGUUCCACAGCAAAAUCGUCCACCUCGGUGCGGACGAAUACUCCUCUUCCUACGUCUCCGACUAUACCGACUUCGUCAACGACAUGCACACCUACAUUGCCGAGCAAUCCGACAAAAACUCCCGCAUCUGGGGCACCUUCACACCAUCGCAGGGGGCCAACGUCUCCAAAGCCGUCACCAUCCAGCACUGGGAAUUCUACGAAGACAACCCCUACUUCGACUACAUCAAGAACAACUACUCGGUUCUCAACUCCGACGACGCCUUCUACAUAGUCGGGAAAUGGUCCGGAAGCUAUCCCCAGUACCUCAACAAGACACGAGUCUUCCACGGUGAUCCAGCAAACAACGGCCCCUACGCGCCCAACAUCUUCUCUACCACUAACGCAACCAACAAUCCUCCAAGAGAUAACCCCUACGUACUCGGCCACAUCGCCGCCCUCUGGAACGACUACGGUCCCAACGCAACGACCUAUCUCAAGGCGUAUUACUCCUGGCGUGACGUUCUCCCCACACUAGCAGACAAGCAAUGGGGCGGUGAUAUCCUGGAAGAUGAAUACGAUGAUGUGUUCGAUACACUCCACCCUGUGAUCCCAGGCCAGAGCCUCGAUCGUCAUGUACCGAGCAAGACCGAUCUGAUUCUACAUUACAACUUCGCCAAUACCACUGGGACAACUGUCCCGGAUUUAUCUGGGAACAACUACCACGCUACAUUAAACCACACCUGUCCCAUCAAUACUUCUAACUCAACCAUAAGAUUCACGGGAACAUGCACCCUCACCACCCCUAUCCAAAGCAAAGGGAGAGACUACACCCUCUCUUUCUCUGUAUAUCCUUCCACAAGUCACCCGUCACCUUUAUUCUCAGGGAGGGAUUCUACCCUCCUCAACUGCAACGGGUCAAUCAGUAAUAUCACCCUUGUGAGCGGCGGGAACCCAUACACACUGAACUACAGUCUCCCGGUCGGAAAAUGGUCGGAUGUGAGCUUGAUCGGAAAGGGAAAUAAAACAUUUUUAUCUGUUGACGGGGGUAAGAAGAUGGAAUUCCUAGCGAGACUUGGCGUUAAUGGGGAGUACUCGGUGUGGGCACCCAUUGCGAUCGAGGCACCGGUGCAGAGGAUCGCGGAGGGAUUUGUAGGGAUGAUGGGGGAGGUUAAGUUGUGGGGGAGUGCGAAGUGA